AUGUCAGAAAACAUUAUAACGUCAGAUGGGCUACUAAGUGCCCCUGGCACAAGCAAUGCCUUUGAGAAUGAGGAUAAGAUGGAAGUCUCAUACGACAUCGCUAACGAGGAUGAUCUGCUGCUCGGCAAGUCCGAUGACGAAGAACAAAUCCCUCCGUAUCAAGUGCCUAGAAAACCUAAACAGCCUAAACAGCAACGCCAAAGCCGCGACAGGCGCCCUCAAAGGAGUACCAGCGAACCAAGGACAGAGCAGUACCGAAAACGUCGCCGUCAGUACAGCCCAUCCACAGAGAACCGAAAACGGAGCCGUAGCCUAUCCGCGGAGGACAAGAUUACCCAAGCUGAAGGUGCGAUAAAAGCUUUAAAAGGCACACGGACAAGGAACCUGCCCAGAAACCCUACAAUAUAG